AAGGUAUCUCUGAAAAAGUUGGUCAAAUUUUACAAUAUGUUGCUACGUUCCUUGGUGGUUUUGUUAUAGGGUUUAUAAAAGGUUGGAAAUUAACUCUUGUUCUUUGUUGCGUGUUUCCUCUAAUGGCUGCGGCUGGUGGUUUUAUGGCAAAAACUCUUAGUCAAGACACUGUUGAAGGACAAGACGCGUAUGCAGCUGCUGGAAGUGUGGCAGAACAAGUACUAUCCGGUAUAAGAACUGUAGUAGCAUUUGGUGGUCAAAAACUUGAAAUUGAACGUUAUACUACGCAAUUAGAACGCGCGUAUAUUGUGGGAAGGAAAAAAUCAAUCAUUAGUGGUUUAG